UGUCGCUCUCAGUCUGUCACUGCCGGUCACUCAGGCCAGCCAACCAGACACACACAGACAGGGAGUACAGGAAACACAGAGGACGGGACAGGACAGAGGACAGGACAUACAGAGGACAGGACAGAGGACGGGACAGAGGACAGGACAUAAAGGCUGUGCAGUUAAUUCUGGAACAAGGCCAACUGUUCUGAGGGAGGAUCUCCUGGAUCUACUGAAAGACAACCCAGAUUAGAUCAUCUCAGAAGAUUCGAACCAUCCAACUGAGACUGACAGUUUACUGCCAGGAGGAAUCCACUAGCAAGCCAAUCAACAAGAAGCAGAGAAUCACAGACUGGGUUCUGUGAACGAUCCAAAGAGGACCUGAAGAGAAAGACGCUGGUCUGAGUGGACCAAUCAGAGAAGAGCAAGGAAUCUAAACAAUCUAUCAGAGCUGAUUAUCCCUCCGCUGGAAGACUUUUCUCUUCCCUUCUUUCUCUUGUUCUGCAGACUGUAUCCCUCCAUCUCACCAACCAACCUCUCUGCCUGCUAUCGCUCGGAGAGAGAGAAACACACUUACAGUCAGAUCUAGCUAUGUCUGAGUCAAUGAAAAUGGCGAUGGAUGCACUGUGUGUCUCUGACGGGGUUGGGUCGGGGGUCGGGGGUCGUGUGAGGUCAGACAGCACCUCGUCCCAGGGGUCAAAGGGCAGACUGCUGCUCCGACAGCGGCUGUCCCAGCUGCUGAACUGUGUAGAGGACCUGAGCUCUGAUGAUGAGGCUAACGAGGAAGUGUCCCGCACUCUGGAUGAAGCCUUUCAGCUCUGUGGACGCAUCAGCCCCCGAGACACCUUCAGGCUGCACAUGGUCACAUGGAAUGUGGCGACAGCAGAGCCUCCUGGUGAUGUCACUUCCUUGCUGCAGCUGGAAGCCCAGCCCGCCACAGACCUCUACGUGAUUGGUCUUCAGGAGGUGAAUGCAGCUCCUCUGCGGUUUCUGUCAGACCUGCUGGUAGAAGACUCCUGGAGCCACCUUCUGAUGAACACACUGGCCCAUAGAGGCUACAUCAAGGUAUCUUCAGUGAGGCUGCAGGGGCUGCUGUUGUUGGUCUUCUCUAAGCAGGUUCAUGUCCCCUUCAUCAGAGACAUAGAGACUACCUACACACGGACCGGCAUCUUCGGUUACUGGGGUAAUAAGGGCGGUGUAUCCGUGCGGUUCUCCCUUUAUGGUCACAUGAUGUGUUUUGUGAACUGCCACCUGACGGCUCAUAUGGGCAACGCUCUGCAGCGCGUUGAUGAGUUUGAGUACAUUCUGGAGACUCAGGACUUUGACCUGGACAACACACCCACCGUCCGAGACCACAAGGUGGUUUUCUGGUUUGGUGAUCUGAACUUCCGAAUCGCUGACCAUGGAAUGCACUUCCUCCGAUCCUCCAUCAACAGCGGACGCUUCAACCUUCUGUGGGAGAGGGACCAGCUGUUAACGAUGAAGAAAAAGGAACCGUUCCUGCAGGAGUUUGAGGAGGGACCUCUGAAGUUUAAACCUACAUACAAGUUCGACCGCAACUCUGACACCUACGAUACCAGUGGUAAGAAGAGGAAGCCAGCAUGGACCGACCGCAUUCUGUGGCGCAUCAAACCCAAAACCCCGCCCCCUGAGGAUGACGAGGAGGAGAAGGCGUCGACCUCCACCCAACACUCGGAUGACGGACAGGAGGAGUAUCCAAUCAAAGUGCUACAGGACACCUACACCUGCGACCCCAGCUACGGGGUCAGCGACCACAAACCUGUCAUAGGAAUCUUUAACCUGGAGAUGAGGAAGCGUAGUGACAGGGCACUUGUCAGUGUGUGUCCAGAGGGCCAGUGGAGCGCUGACCAGGAAGCUGAGCUGUCCUACACCAUCCUGGAAGACUUCAUGUCCUCUACCUGGGACUGGAUAGGACUCUACAAGGUGGGUUUUAAGACUGCGUCAGACUACGCUACCUUCGUCUGGGUCAAAGAUGAACUAGCAGAGGUCAACGAGGUCAUGCAGGUGUGUGUGAAUAAGGAUGAGGUCCCACUAGUAGGAGGACAGUAUGUUCUGGGAUACUACAGUUACAACAUGGGGAGCGUCGUAGGAUUCAGCCGCAACUUCCAGAUCGUGGAGUCUAAGAGGGCGGUUAUGGAGGGGCUGGUUCCACAGGAUGUCAACGGGUUGAACAAAUAAACCCCACAUCAUCAUCAUAACACCUCAUUGACACACACAUACAUACACACCUCCUUGGCCCUGACCCCAAAACCACACAGUCGCUGGAAAUCACACUGCUGUGCCGCCACGCACGCACGCAUGCACACACACACACGUGGAGAUGACAAUCUUCAUUCCAAGUAUCAAAAAAAAAAUGCUACAAUGUGCCCCAAUGAACAUGAGCCAGAGGGGUAUACUAAAAAGCAAGAUCAAUGAGUUAGCAGCUAACUUUGAUAAACAAUUAGAAAUAACUAUUGAUUUUCUGGUUCAUUAAGAAAGCUAAACUGUGAUAGACGAUCCGAGUCAAUAAGACCAUGCCCAUUUCAAGCUUAUUUUUCUAAAAAAUAAAAAUAUAUUUAGGCAAGGUAGCUGGCUAACUGUUUCAUCCUGCUUUGUAGUAUACCUGGGGUGAAGAGAGAGAGAGACAGAACAGGUGGAAGGAUACCUGGGGUGAAGAGA